AUGAAAGAUAAUACAGAUCAGCCGUCUUCACCUGGUAAACUCAGCCAACCAGCUAAAGCCUCCGCUUCCCAGUCGUUAUUUACUGUGGAAAAUAUCCCUGGCAGUACAACACAACUGGUCAAGUUGGGCCUCGUGCGAACACACACCAACUGCGACCUGGUCUACCGCCUAGAGCGCGUUGAACCAGAUGGAUCCUCAGUAUCAGUAGCUCUUGCUGAAGACAACAUCCUGAUGACUGGUCUAAAGUCCUCAAGUGAAUACGCCUACCAUCUAAAGAUAAUUGAUGACAGGAAUUCCCGAAAAUAUCUGGUUGUGUCAAAACUGGUUACACUGGAA